CGAUCAAAUUUGCUUACAUAUGACGAUGUAAAAAAUUGCAAAAUUUCAAAAUGGUGUGUUACAGUGAGCAAGGAAAAAAGAUCACUGCUGAAAAGGACAUAAGUGAAUCCAGCAGACUUCUAGCCAUCUGUCUUGAUCCAGAAUGUCAUAAGAAUACCACAACGGUUUUCCUAAUACCACAAAGAUACAUUUUGGGCAUUAUGGGAUUCUUAGCAGUGGUAAAUGCGUAUACCAUGCGGGUGGUUUUAUCUGUAGCCAUCACUGAAAUGGUACAAUCCAUUAACCACAAUCAGACCAUCGACUCCACCACUUGCCCAUAUGAAUUUCAAGGAAAUUCUACGACGCCUCGAACAUCAUCUUCCGCAAAUUUAUACCCAUGGACUAGUAAGCAACAGGGUUUGAUUCUCAGCUCCUUCUAUUGGGGAUACGUUAUUACCCAUAUUCCGGGAGGAAUGAUAGCUGAACGUUUUGGAGGAAAAUAUGCCUUAGGAUUGGGCAUGUUGUGUACAGCGAUUUUCACCUUUAUCACACCGUUUGUAGUAUAUGCGACCAAUGGAAGUUGGGUCUCACUGGUGGUGGUUAGAAUACUAGAAGGUCUUGGUGAGGGCACCACUUUUCCUGCUUUGACGACUCUACUGGCAAAUUGGGUGCCUUUAAAAGAACGAUCGAAAAUUGGAACUUUGGUUUAUGCUGGAAGCCAAAUAGGAACUGUGGUUGGUAAUUCGGUAAGUGGCGCCCUAAUAUCGGCCACUAACGACUGGGCAAUUGCUUUCUACUUCUUCGGAGCGGUAGGAAUAGUGUGGUUUAUUUUCUGGAUAAUCUUGUGCUAUCCAAACCCCAAAUCGCACCCAUUUAUCAGCGACAAAGAAAAGGCGUACUUGGGAGAGCAAAUCUCGAACAUUUCAAGCAGAGACAAAGUGAUUCCUUGGAAAUCCAUCCUCACAUCGCCCCCAAUCUGGGCUUUGGUGGUCGCCCAAAUCGGACAUGAUUGGGGCUUUUUCACCAUGGUGACCGAUCUUCCCAAAUACAUGAAAGACGUUCUUCAUUUCAAUGUGAAAGAGAACGGAAUUUGGUCAUCAGUGCCUUACAUUUUUAUGUGGAUCGUAUCGAUGAGUUCUGGAUGGAUUUGUGACUGGCUGAUACACAAGGGCUACAUGAAAAUAUCUCGGGCCCGGAAGUUCUUCACUACUUUAGCUUCCAUGGGUCCUGCAGCGUUUAUAUUGAUUGCAUCUUAUGUUGGCUGCAACAGAAUGCUUGCAGUUGGAAUGUUCACCAUCGGCAUGGGAUUCAUGGGCACUUUCUACUGCGGCAUGAAAGUCAACGCUUUAGAUCUCAGCCCAAACUAUGCUGGGACUAUUAUGGCAAUAGUCAAUGGGAUUGGCGGACUUACAGGCAUCAUUGUGCCCUAUUUAGUAGGAGCCUUGACUGAAAAUCACACUUUGGCUGAAUGGCGAAUAGUGUUCUGGAUAGCAUUUGGCGUGUUUCUAGUGACAAAUUUGAUUUUUGUCGUGUUUGGAAGCGGCAAAGUUCAACCAUGGAACGCAGCGGAAGAGAAGGAAAAGUCCGCUGAAGCGGGUUAUGUAAAUAGUCCGGAUAAUCUUACAUUGAAAAGCAAAUGUUGACAAAAUUAAAAAUUGCUCUCAUCGACAUGAGUGAUUGUGUGUAGACAAGUAAUGCUGCCAGUAUUAAUAAAAGUAUUUGACCAUUGCAAAGCUUUGGCAAGAAAAUAGCCAAAUGCUACAAGACAAAGUGUACAUAUUAUUUAGUUUUACCUAGUUUACUUCUAAGUUGUCUAUGUAACUUGUAGGAACUUAAUUAUACUUUGGAUACCGUG